AUGAGUAACGCGUGUGGAACCCUGAUCUGGCCGGGGCAGAAACUGGUCCCCUAUCAUCCACCUCGGGCACGAAACGGGCUCUACCUCGUAAGCGAGAAGCGUGUUCGUUGGCUUCUUCUGCAUAUAGUCUCAAUGGCAUUCUAACGCAUGCGAUAUCCGAGCAGCCCCCCGCCCCCUUUUUGUGAACGUCUGGAGUUACAGUAGGUAGGCUAACUCAUGAAAAAGCCGAAAUUUCGAAAUGCGUUCCCGUUUCGAAAAGAUUAAUUAAGUAGGGUUGUAAAACUAAUCAUCAUGCAGCAUAUGUCUAUAAUAAUCCAGUUAGUUCACGGUGCCGGCUUUCGAAUGGAAUUCUUUCCGACUGCGUGCAAGAACAAUACUCUGCAAAAAAGGGCUACCUAAGUAGCAUGCAUUUUUCUCAUUGAGGUUCGCUGCUCUUAAAAACUCAAUUAUAUUUCAUGGAAAGCAUGCAUAAAAAUAUUAAUUCCUCCGCUCAUUGUGUAGAGAAUUACGUCUUUUUCCAAUUUUGUACCUAAACGAAGGGUAUAAUUCGGUUUUCAAAAACGUUUCCAAUUCGCGAUUUAAUUUGGACCCGACUUGCCGUUAAACUAGCAUUCAGGGUUUCCAACCUACAAGCCAUAUACUUUCCGCGUAUGGAAAACCAUAAAUAUUUCUACGGUAUUAAGAGAAGACCAGGUGGGAUUCAUAAAAUUUAUCACAGGAUUUGAUCCAUAUUGUUAACUUUACAAGCCACAUUAGUAAAUGCAGAGACAUGACGUUUUAUGAAUGGCCAUUUCACGGUAUUAAAAAUCGCACAAUUGAAAACCUUUUGAAAACCGAAUUAUACCCUUCGUUUGGGUACGAAAAUGGAAACCGACGUAAUUCUCUACACAAUGAGUGAAGGAAUUAAUCUUUUUAUGCAGGCUUUCCAUGAAAUAUAAUUGAGUUUUUAAGGGCAUCAAAGCUCAAUGAGAAAAAUGCAUGCUACUUAAGUUGUCCUUUUUCGCAGACUACUGUCCUUGCAGGCAGUCGGAAGGAUAUUCUUUCGAAAGCCGGCAUCCUGACGUAACUAAGCUAUUGUAGAAUUAUACUGCGGACUGAUUAGCUUUACAAACCUACUUAAUUAAUCGUUUCGAAACGGGAACGCCUUUGGAAAUUUCGGCUGACAUUUCAUGAGUUAGCCCUCCUGCUGUUUGUGGAACCAGGCCGUUUGUGGGACGCGUCAAGACAGGGUCAACAAGACUGGAGACAAGAUCGGACGCAGGUGAGCUGGCGCUGCUUGAGCCUACGCCCAAGGGUGGCAUCACACCACCCAUGAAUGGCAUUUAAUAUGAGUGCUGUGCCCAGUAACGCGUGCGGAAGCCUGAUCUGGCCCCCUGUUGAUUCAACGCUUCCACCGGGCAGAAACCCGUCCCAUAUCAUCCACCGUGGGGCACGAAACAGGCAUCACCUCGUAAGUGAGAAGCCUGUUCUUUGGCUUCUUCUCCAUAUAGUCUCAAUGGCAUUCUAACGCAUGCGAUAUCCGAGCAGGCCCUCCCCAUUUUGUGAAAGUCUGGAGUUAUGUGCAACCAGGCCAUUUGUGGGACGCAUAGAUGGGCUGUUAUGUUCUGCAGCCACUUGCGCCUAAUCCCCGCAUCAGAUGGUUAAUCGGCUCAAACAGUGGGCUGGUGUCUGGAAGAGGGAAGAUAUUAAGGUUGACAAUGAACCGCUGCGUCCUCACGGCACCCAGCGCCUAUUCCUCACAACAAACAAUUUGAUGCGCCUCCAAAUCAUAACAGUUUGUUAAAAGCCUUGGUUUGGAAGGCCGCCAAAUAAGGAGAUAAAUCGGUCCUCCUUUGGGGUCGGACAAUGGUUUCUUCUUAAUGUAGCUUCUAUGGUACUCCCACGAAGUUUCGCUCUCAGUCGUCUUGUCUCUGCUGUUUCGGUACAGUCCUGAGUCACCAGGCGCGCACCAGGCGUGAAUGGGGCGUGCAGAUGCACUUUUAUGUCUUGCCAUCCUUCUUGAUGCCAUUGCUCACCUGGUUGAGGAAGGAGGGUGUGCGGUAGAUACAUCGCAAGCCCACAAUCACCAUGAAAUAAUUCAUGCACAAGUUACAGUCCCUGCGUCCACAGUGCUGCGAGACACACGGUGGGCAAAGACACCCGUGACGGUUGAGCCGUUAUGUCUGCUAUUCUUCCGUGUUAGCCGUUAUUAUCAGCAGUGCUACUAAUAUUAAUACUAAGUGGCUAUCGGGGUCCCAAGUUACGACAGCUUAAUAUCGAGAUGGAUUGUUGUCUAGCUGAUCGUGGUCAGUACUGUAUGCAUCUGUGGUGGAUCGUAUGACGGACAUGUUUAUUGCCGCAGGCAUGCUGGGAAAUUUUCAGUCUCACAUCGGCGACAAGGAGCCAUUUUUACAGAGAGGUUCGGUUGGGGAUUUACUCUGGUCGACAUAGAUGGCCACUUUGCUACGCAAUUUUGAUAACGGUGGUCUAUUUUAGAUUGUGCUCUUUUCUUUCCACAGACCUACAUCGUUUUGGGCGUAAGGAGUGCAGGAAGUCACAAGAAAUACACUAAUCUGCAUCCAUACACGAUGUCUGUCGGGGUAAGUACGCAGUUUGUCCUGAGCGCUCGGACAGCUUAAGUUGCUGACCAUGCGCGCGUUUUAAAAAUGUCUUCCCACUUGUCUCGUUAUAACAUCUGGCAAAAGCUUGUCCUUUUGUCUGUUUAAGAUACUCGCUAUACUUGUCCUGCGAAACAGCUCAGGGAUACUCAGGAGGUAUUACAGCAAAUUCUUCCUGUGGGUUGGUCGAUUUGCCCUAGAAGUAAGUUUUAGUCCCCCUUAGUUGCCUACUGUUUCGGAUUUUACCGUCAUUUUUCCGAAAAUCUGCACGAAAACCAUACAACAAAGGCUUCUUCUUACUCUUCUACGUCAUUUUAGCUCUUUGUACUCCAGUACCACAUGUGGAUCACAGCUCCCAACGGUAGAGGAGUGAUUACCUUCAUACCGACCUACACAUCUCUCAACUUUGUCCUAACAACAACUCUAUUCUUUGGCUGUUGUUGGAGAGUCCACGAAAUCACGCAGUGGUUGACUUCGUUUUUGAUGCCCUAG